AAUUAGUGUUUUGUGGGCUUUUGAAUGCAAAGCCGGAUAUCUGUUACGUGUCCAGGCUUGAGAAACGGAAUGGGCGAUCAGAGAAACGGCGGCUAUGGUGGCGACAGCAGCAGCGGUGAGGAGGACGGUGACGCCCAAUGGAGAGCCGCCAUCGACUCUGUCACUACCACGUCUGUGUUUCUCUCGUCGUUAACUAAUGGUCUUCCUGCUACUUCUACAACCACUGCUUCAAACUCGGACGAUGACUCCGAGCUUAAUCUCGGUCCUCAACCGCCCAAGCAAUAUCAAAUCAAGGCACAGAAGAUGUUGGAGAAUAUUUUGGAAACUACUCUGGAGGUGGUAGAACAUUCCACAGCUAUUCCUUGUGAUGAUUCCAAAACCAGUGAAGGUGGAAUUCGCUUGUUUAAAAAUGCUCCCGUUGGAGUUGUGUUUGAUCACAUCGAUGAGCUUCAACGCCCCACAAAGAAACCAAAAAUUCUUCCAGGGAAGGAAAUCAACGAGAAAUCAAAGAAGUUCAAACAGCGUAUCCAAUCCAUGGCCAUUGAAGGAAAAGAUAUAAUCGCUGCUGGAAACCGUGCGCGCGAGAAGUCAAUUGCUAGGCUUGAAGCGAAGGAAGCCGCAGCCAAAGCAGCUGCUAAAGGAGAGGAAGAAAGGGUAGCAGAACUGAAAAAGGUAAGAGGAGAGAAAUGGUUGCCAUCAAUUGCUAGGGAAAUGAAGUUACAAGCUCAACGUUGAUGUAUGGGGGUUCAGAUGGCAAAUUAUUCUGGAGAUGAUGUUUUAUAUGAAUGCAUCAGCUCAUGUUCAGUUCAGAGAAUUAAGGUUUGUUUUCUUGCCCAUAAAAUUACCUUAAAAAUUUUGAACCUCUUCCUCUUGCAUAUGAUUUUCUAAUCAUUUUUCGUCUAUUGCAUGCUCCAUUUUGGCUUAAAAUUAUUUUCCAUCGGUACCAA